UUUCACAGCUUUACCUACAAUCGUCAUAGUUGCCGAUAGAUCGAGCCGUCACUGUUCCAAUAACUCCACUGUAACGGUAAUGGCCGGAGAGCCAAAUAUCUUAACAUGUAAAGCAUUGCUAGCACGGCCUCCUGCAAUUCUAAACUGGGUUGUGAUAGAUGAUCUUAUUUCAAAUCAACAACUUCAAACUGAUGUCGUAGAAGACAACAGCUACACGUCUCGGAAGGUUGUUACUAUCACGCCCUCAGCGAGUGAUCAAGGAAAGCAUAUUAGCUGCUUGACUUCUCAUCAAACACUCCCGAGUUAUCGUCAGUGUAGUGUUUACCUAAAUAUUAACGUUCUUCCCUCUAGCACGACAAUCUUUCAAUCUGGAAAUGACAAGGACACCCAGACAUCACCAACAGUUAUUUACGUUCAAGAAGGUUCCUCGGCUUCGAUCAGCUGUCAAAGUAUUGGAUCACGACCGGCAGUUGAACUGACAUGGAGAAUUGACGACCCUGUUAUUCCUCCUGGAAGUAUUAGUCGGUCGAAGACUCAAAAUGCUGUAGACGGCAGUCUGUUUGAUACCUUUAGUACUUACAAGUUCCAUCUGUAUAGGAAGUAUCAGGGGUUGAUUCUCUGGUGCUUUGUAUAUCUGAGUGAAGAUUUUAUCGAACGACACUUUGUUACAAUAUCAACGUAUGGUAAGUGUAUAUUUCAUCUCUAUUAUAUAUACAUGUACAUGUGUGCGCAUGUCUCUGUUGGCAUUUUACAGACGUCUCUGGGGGCAGUUAGUGACUGA